UGGGGAUCGAUGCGCCCUUCCCGGGCCGAUCCCCGGCACACGCCUGCCUGCCUGCCGCCGCCGCCGCGCGCCAGCGCGCGUGAGAGCCUGCCCGCGGGCCGCAGGCCGUGGACGUGGCCAUGGCCGCGCUCGCGAAGUGCGCGGGGGCCGCGGCCUCGUGCAAGGAGGUGCUGCCCAGCCACCACCUCGUGGCCGGGCUCGCGAAGGCUGCGGCGCCCCUGCGCGCCCUCCUCGGGGACGGCCUGGCGGCCGCUGGCAAGGCGGACCUGGCUGGCAACAUGUGGGGGCUGGCCGCCGCGGAGCUGCGUGGCGUGCUCGCCGGGCAGGGCGAGGCGCCCGAGGCGCGCAGGUGCCUAGAGGAGGCGCUCGGAGACCUGGAGCUGGUGGGCUGGGCGCAGCCGGAGGAGGCCCGCGCGGCCAGCGAGGAGCGCGCCUGCGGAGCGCGCCUCGGGGGGCGCGCCCGGAGGGCGGGCGUGACCGGGGGGGGCCUCGAGGACCCGAGUGCAGAGGGCGCAGUCGGCUCGGCCGCCGCGCUCCCUGCGCACGCUCGGGAGGCCUCGAGGUGCCGGAACUACUGGGACGACCCCUUCGAAGAUGCCGGGCAAUCCUGUGCAGGCUCAGCUGCAGCAGCAGCGGCGACGGACAUGAUUGGCGAGGGCAUUUCCAACGAGCCUUCGGCCAAGAAGGAUAUUAUCAACGCGGUCAAGCAGUUGGAAUCCACCUUGGCGACUAUGCCGGACGAUCCUACGCUGGCCGAGGCCCGGCAGGCCAUCCAGGCACGCCUGGACGCCAAGAGGAAGCAGCUCGGGGACAUGCGUCCCCUGGGCAAGCGUUUGGACGACACCCGGGCAGCAUUCGAGCGUGCGCACAAGCGCCAGGCGGCGGCUGCCGAGAGUCUGGCCCUUGCGCAGAAGGCUGUCGAGGCAGCCGCCGGCGAAGUUGCCACCUUGACGGAGAACGUGGCCGAGUUGGAAAAGCAGGUGGCCACCGGACAUCGGGACCCAGCCCGUGCCUCCAUGGAGGAGCUCGGUGCGCAGCUCCAUGCGGCGGUCGAGCAGCUUGCGAAGCUCGGCUCGAUUUCUCCAACCGCAGUGGAGGAGGCCAAGGCGCAGUCCGACGCCAUCCUGGCGCGUUUCCAGUCCACUCUGGAGCAGGCCCAGCGCAUCGACGUCCCCAUGCGGACGACGGGCAAGCAGAGCCCUCCGGGAGAGAGGGUCCGUCUGAACCGCAAGCUGCCCGCGAAGCGUGUGAUCACCACCUUCGUGGCCAAGAGGCGCGCGAAUGGCGCCGCUGGCUCGACGCGUUUUUCCCGGAACACCGCGGAGGCGCAGGCUUGGGCGCAUCUCAUGGCGGACGAAAGUUCCUGGAAGGCUUUGGUGGAUCGCAUUUUCUUUUGCGAUUCGGUCUGCGACGCCAAGGCGGCGCCAGAUCCCACUCCAGGUGUCGCGAUUGGAUUCUUUCGCAUUGUCCUCGACUCCCGGACGCCGAGGCUCCUGGAGGACGUCGCCAAGAAGCGCGGGCGCCUGGCGACGCAGGGCGCCAGUGGCAGCUCACCGGACUAUGCCGAGGUCUGGAGCGCUUUCGGCACCUACGCGAUGGCCUGCCUAUCCGAGAAACGCGGGCUGCACCUGCCCCAGCUCUGCAAGCUGGGCUGGAGGCAGGACCGGAGGAGCAAAGGCAGCACGACCUUGAAGCCGUUCCUUCAGUUCACGGACCAGUUCUGCCGCGCCUACUUGAGCCCGCAGGCCGUCAAGAAGCACCAGCAGAACGCGGUUCCAGACAAGGACGCGAGCCCAGUAGAGGAGUUCAACUUCAGCAAGGCCGCCAUCAAGUAUUCAGCGCUCACCAAGGAUCAGAUGAUCACGUGCCUGAAGGGCAUCGUCCAGCAGCUCGGCGAGGCGGUUGCGGACGGGAAGGACGGCGAGAUCGCUCUGGGCAGCGUGGGGCGCUUCCGCCUCUCCGGGGCCGGCAGAGAGCCCACCUUCCAGUUUUCCGCGGAGGUCUACUCCAUCGAGGGGCAGCGCCCCCCGCCGGCCGCCGCUCCGUCGGCGAAGGAGGAGACGCCGGCCGCGUUCAGCAGGGACAUGCCCAAGGAGGCCAUGGGCCUCGGCAUCCGCGGCAACCAUGCGGCGCCCGCCCCGGCGCCCGCCCCGGCGCCCGCCCCGGCGCCCGACGCGGCGUACGACGCGGCGUACGACGCGGCCGUGCCGGCCGCCGUUCGGCAGGCACAGCCCGAGGAGAGCAGGAGGCUCCGGCGCGCCUGGCAUCGAGCGCCAGCGCCCCCCAGCUCGGCGCGGGCUCGACCACGCAGCUCAAGCAGGGGUUCGCCUACAAGGAGAGGCGAUGGACAGGCACGUCAUGGCCCUGGAGCAGCGGGCUGCCGAGACCGUCGCGGAGCACGACGCCUGGAGCAGCCACGUGACGGAGUGCAUCCUGCAGGAACGGGAGGGAGAUCAUGUCCAAGCGGGUCCGCGCCAAGGAGAACCUGA